GUUAUUCUCUAAUGCUCUAAGGCAGAGAGGGUUAGCAGCACACGAACCAAUGCGAUUAAAGCGCCACGCAGGAGGAAGAUGCGCCUGCUUGCAGCCUGCUGGACGGCGAGAGGUGCUCAAGAAGAUGGUCUGACUGUGGGAUCUCACCUUAAUUCCUGCCGCUUCAGCUUCUCCGGACUUUCUUUCCGUCCCCACUUCUAAUAAAACAUCUAUGAUUUACUCUUCCCUGUUUAGUUCCUUUUCCUCCCUUUUUUUGAAAAUACUUGGUUCCCCUUGGUUCAAGUGACACGUUCGUACGGCACCAUUGUUUUUGGUUUCGAAAGUUUUCUUUUUCCUCCGCACCACCACCUGCUCUGAUGAAAGACGUUCCUGACUCAGCAUCGCACCUGCACCCAGCAUCCCCCCUGAAGCACAGCAGCAUCCGGAUAGCACCCGAGCUUUAACCAAGACAAUCACACCAGAACGUCCGCACAUUUUUCAUGCGCAACGACAGGGCGCAAAAGCGCACGAAUAAUACGCACGGUGGAGAUACUCGCAAGUCAUUGGCACAGGAAGGCAGGACUGCUUUUUGUUUUAACCUAACCGUUGGCAUUCCGAGUCGGGGAUCAGGAAAAAGCAGUGAGCAAAGUGUGCGGAGUGAAAAGAGGAAAAUCUAGCUUGGGGAUUGAACGGAGCGGGGCAUGUGGAUAUUGGCAUUUCUCUUUCUCCAGAGCAUCCUGAAUGUUUUCGGUGAAGAUAUACGUUCCAGCUUAUAUUUUGUCAAUGCAUCUUUGCAAGAGGUAGUGUUCUCCAGCACCACAGGGGCACUGGUGCCGUGUCCUGCCGCGGCUGUGCCCCCCGCCACGCUGCGCUGGUACCUCGCCACUGGGGAGGAGAUCUACGAUGUCCCAGGCAUCCGCCAUGUGCACCCCAACGGCACGCUGCAGAUCUACGGCUUUCUGCCGUCCAGCUUUAGUAACCUAAUCAAUGACAAUACAUACUACUGCACAGCUGAAAACCCUUCAGGAAAGAUCAGGAGUCAAGAUCUCCACAUUAAGGCCGUAUUCCGGGAGCCGUACACAGUUCGCGUGGCUGAUCAGAGAGUCAUGCGAGGGAAUACGGCGGUCUUCAAGUGCAUUAUCCCGGCCUCAGUAGAGGACUACGUCAGUGUUGUAUCAUGGGAAAAAGACACGGUCUCUCUUGUCUCAGGAUCAAGAUAUCUCAUUACAUCCACGGGGGCCUUGUAUAUUCUGGAUGUGCAGUCAGAUGACGCGGUGAAUAUUUAUCGCUGUACAACACGGCAUCGAUACACAGGGGAGACCAGACAGAGCAACAGUGCCCGGCUACUUUUAUCAGAACCUGUGGACUCUGCUCCGGUGAUUCUGGAUGGGUUUGAACGCAGGGAGGUUAUGGUGGGUCAUCGGGUGGAGCUCCCUUGUAAAGCAUCCGGUCACCCCCCGCCCAGGUACCGCUGGCUGAGGGACAACAGCCCCUUAGAAUCAGACAGUCGCUACCACCAGAGUGUUUUGGGCCUUCUUAUCGAGGCCACUCGCCCCAGUGACGCAGGCAGUUAUGUGUGUGAGGUGUGGAACAGCUUCGGGAAUGCCAAAGUAGUCGGACGAUUGGUGGUCAAACAGCCUCUGAAAGCUGUUGUAAGCCCAAGAAAAGUGAGAGGCAGCGUGGGUAGCCAAGUGUCUCUGUUCUGCAGUGUGACUGGUUCUGAUGAGUAUGAAAUCGCCUGGUACAGGAACGGUGAGAAGAUUUAUCCCGGUAUAAACGUGCGCAUCACGGGCAUCAACAACGAAAACCUGGUGAUGGAAGGAAUGGCCAAGAGUGAUGGAGGAGCGUAUCAGUGUUUUGCCCGAAAUGGCAAUAUGUCCACCCAAGAUUUAGUUCAGGUCAUUUUAGAGGACGGGACCCCAAAGAUCCUCUCCGCAUUCAGCGAGAAGGUGGUGAGCCCGAACGAGCCCAUCUCGCUGGUUUGUCACGUGAAAGGAACGCCCCUCCCCACCGUCACCUGGACCCUCGACGAUGACCCUGUCAUCAAGGACAGCAGCCAUCGCAUGGAUCGCGUCAUCACCACGGAAGGGAAUGUGUUCAGCUACCUGAAUGUGUCCCACACGCAGGUCACCGACGGUGGCGUCUACCGCUGCACCUGCAACAAUUCGGCCGGAUCGGUCUCCUACCAGGCUCGAAUAAACGUAAGAGGUCCUGCCAGUAUUCGACCAAUGAAAAAUGUCACUGCCAUUGCUGGGAGAGACACGUACAUUCACUGUCGUGUCAUCGGUUACCCUUACUACUCUAUUAAGUGGUAUAAAGAUUCCAAUCUGCUCCCGUUUAACCAUCGCCAACGUGCCUUUGAGAAUAACGGCACACUGAAGCUAUCAAAUGUACAGAACUCUGACGAAGGAGAGUACACGUGCUAUGUGCUGGUGGAUCCACAUAAACAAAUUCACAGGAGUGUCCAUGUGACAGUGAAAGUGCCCCCUCUGAUCCAACAUUCAGAUUCUCAGAGCGCAUCUAUUGGCCAGCGUGUCUUUAUCCCUUGUGUGGUCAUAUCCGGAGAUCUGCCCAUGUCUAUCACCUGGCACAAAGACGGACGGCCAAUCAAUGCCAGCCUAGGCGUCACCAUCGACAACAUAGACUUCACGAGCUCAUUGCGCAUUUCAAACCUGUCAGAAAUUCAUAACGGCAGUUACACCUGCAUCGCCCGAAACGAAGCGGCGGCCGUCGAGCAUAGUAUCCAGCUCAUUGUUAAAGUUCCACCCCAUUUUGAAGUGCAGCCAAGAGACCAGGAUGGUAUAUAUGGGAAAUCGGUGAUUCUGAAUUGUUCAGCUAAGGGAAACCCAAUCCCCACUAUAGUGUGGAACCACUCAAAAGGUGCUGGUGUACCUCAAUUCCAGCCCAUCGCUUUGAAUUCUGGGUCUCGUAUCCAGCUCCUGGAGAAGGGCUCUCUGCUCAUAAAACACGUUCUGGAGGAAGAUUCUGGAUUUUAUUUGUGUAAGGUCAGCAAUGACGUGGGAGCCGAUAUCAGCAAGAGCAUGUACCUCACCGUCAAAAUCCCUGCCAUGAUCACAUCUUACCCUAACACGACUCGAGCAGAACAGGGUCACAUGACCGAGAUGAGCUGCACUGCUCAUGGUGAAAAGCCCAUCAAGGUUCGCUGGGAAAAGGAAUCUCAUAUCAUCAACCCAGACACGAGCCGCUAUGUGGUAAAUGUGAAAGAAGUGGGCGAUGAGGUCAUAUCCACCCUGCAGAUCUUACAUACCAUCAGAGAAGAUUCUGGAUUUUUCUCCUGCAUUGCGAUCAAUUCCUAUGGUGAAGAUAAGGGAAUCAUUCAGUUGAUAGUACAAGAUCGGCCAGACCCUCCUGAGGUUGAGAUCCGAGAGGUGAAGGAUCGGACCAUUGCCCUUCGCUGGACAAUGGGUUUUGAUGGCAACAGUCCCAUUACAGGAUAUGACAUCAACUAUAAGAACAAAUCAGCUUCAUGGGCCUCAUCUCAAAUGACCAAAGACGUCUCCCCUCAGCUGAACCAGGCCACAAUCAUUGAACUCCACCCUGCGUCCACCUACAACAUUCGCAUGUUUGCCAAAAACCAGAUUGGAGAAAGCAGGCCAAGCAACGAGCUCACCAUCACCACAGAUGAAGCACCCCCUGAUGGCCCUCCUCAAGAUGUGCAGCUGGAAGCAAUCUCCUCGCAAAGCAUCAAAGUCACAUGGAAGCCUCCCCAUAAGCACCUGCAGAAUGGUUUGAUCCGGAGCUAUCAAGUGUGUUAUCGGGAAUACGGGACGGGCGGCAGCCCCCAGUACAACACCAUUAACGUCGACACCACUGGAGACGUUGAAACCAUAGCACUGGACAACCUGAAGAAGUACACCCAAUAUGAGGUGCGAGUACAAGCGGCUAACCGGGCAGGCAUGGGCCCGACCUCAGAGGAGAUCACCAUCACCACGCUGGAGGAUGUGCCCAGUCGCCCACCUGAGAACGUUGUGACAACAGCAACCACCCCAGAGACCAUCUCUCUGUCCUGGUCUGCGCUCCUUAAAGAGGCGCUCAACGGCAUGCUCCUGGGAUAUCGUGUCAUCUUCUGGGCCAACCUACCCGAUGGAGAGCUGGGAGAGAUCAGAAACAUCACCACCAGCAAGCCGUCAUUAGAGCUGGAACACCUGGAGAAAUACACCAACUACAGUAUUCAGGUGCUGGCCUUCACUCGAGCUGGAGAUGGAGUCCGUAGUGAGCAGAUCUUCACUCGUACCAAAGAGGACGUUCCUGGACCUCCGGCUGGAGUUAAGGCGGCUGCGGCCUCCAGCUCAGUGGUGUUUGUUUCCUGGCUGCCCCCACUCAAGCUCAAUGGUAUCAUCCGGAAAUACACCGUCUUCUGCUCUAAUCCCUACCCCACGGUUCACAGUGAGUUUGAAGCUGCCCCUGAUGUUUAUCUCCGGCGUUUGACCAACCUGAACCAAAACUGGCAGUACAGCAUCUGGGUCGUGGCCGUGACUUCUGCGGGUCGAGGGAACAGCAGUGAGGUCAUCACCGUAGAGCCCCAAGCUAAAGCCCCUGCUCGAAUCCUGACAUUCAGCGGCACUGUGACCACACCCUGGAUGAGAGACAUUGUCCUGCCCUGCAAAGCAGUGGGAGAUCCUCCUCCUGCCGUCAAGUGGCUGAAGGGAAAUAAUGGUACACCUGCUCCAGUUUCCAUCGAUGGUCGUCGCAGCACUCACACCAAUGGCAGCUUUGUUAUUCGAACAGUAAAAGCAGAGGAUUCUGGGUAUUACAGUUGCGUUGCUAGUAACAACUGGGGUUCAGAUGAGAUCAUGCUAAACCUUCAGGUUCAAGUGCCUCCGGACCAGCCACGUCUCACAGUGACCAAAACCACAACCACCUCCAUAACACUGUCCUGGAUUCCUGGAGACAAUGGAGGAAGCUCCAUCAGAGGCUACAUUCUGCAGUACUCUGAGGAUAACAGUGAAGAAUGGGGCAGUUAUUCCAUUAGCCCGAGUGAGCGAUCUUACCGUCUGGAGAAUCUGAAGUGUGGUACGUGGUACAAGUUUACCCUGACGGCUCAGAAUGCGGUCGGUCCAGGUCGUAUCAGUGAAAUCAUUGAGGCUAAAACCCAUGGCAAAGAGCCACAGUUCGCCAAAGACCAUGAGCUUUUCUCCAGUAUCAACUCUUCCCGCGUGGAGCUCAACCUGAUUGGCUGGAACAACGGCGGCUGUCCAAUUGACUCCUUCACGUUGGAGUAUCGGCCAGUGGACACUACGAAAUGGACCAUGGUAAAGCGCGAUUCCCUCACCAAGAGCCACGUUCUGUACGACCUGCAGGAGGCCACCUGGUACGAGCUCCAGAUGAGAGUGGGCAACAGCGCAGGGACAGCGGAGAAAAGGGUGCUGUUUGCGACUCUCAAUGUUGACGGCAGUACAAUCGCGCCAUUGCCAAAGACGGUGGACCCUAGUCAGGAAAACAGGCAGGGCAAUGAGGGACUCAAGAUGAUGGUCACAAUCAUCUGCAUUCUGGUGGCCAUCUCCAUGGUCUUCAUCGUUCUUCUGGUGUUGAGGAGAAGGAGGAGAGAACAGAGACUCAAGAGACUGCGAGAUGCGAAAAGCCUGGCAGAAAUGUUAAUGAGUAAAAACGCACGUACCCCUGACACCGUCAACAAACAGCAACAGACUCUUCGGAUGCACAUCGAUAUCCCACGUGCUCAGCUGCUCAUCGAGGAGAGGGACACUAUGGAGACAAUCGAUGACCGCUCCACAGUGCUAUUGACGGACAAUGACUUUGGCGAAACAUCUAAACAGAAGUCAUCAACCGUCACCCACACAGUGCACUACCAGUCUCUAUCCCAAGCCACUGGACCACUGGUAGAUGUGUCUGACGCUAGACCUGGUACAAACCCCACUGCCCGCCGCACGGCUAAAGCAGGUCCGGCCACACGCAGCCGCUACGCCAGCCAGUGGACCCUGAACCGUCCGCACCCUCCCGUGUCAUCACACACUCUCACCACUGACUGGAGGCUGCCCACACCCCGUGCCGCAGGCUCCGUGGACAAAGAGAGCGAUAGCUACAGCGUCAGUCCCUCUCAGGACACGGACCGCGCUCGCAGCAGCAUGGUGUCUACAGAAAGCGCCUCUUCUACGUACGAAGAGCUAGCCCGAGCCUACGAACACGCCAAGAUGGAGGAACAGCUGAGACACGCCAAGUUCACGAUCACGGAGUGCUUCAUCUCAGACACGUCCUCCGAACAGAUGACGGCCGGCACCAACGACUACACAGACAGCCUGACGUCCAGCACACCGUCAGAGUCGGGCAUCUGCAGGUUCACCGCUUCCCCACCGAAACCACAGGACGCCAGCCGGGUCAUGAACAUGGCCGUGCCCAAAGCACACAGACCCGGAGGUGAACUGGUCCAUCUACCCCCUUACUUACGCAUGGACUUCCUGCUGAAUCGGGGAGCGGCCUCGUCAGGUCGGGAGGCCACAGGACAGACUUGUAUGGACCCGCAGAAGAGCCGAAUAGCCAAGCGGCCGGCCCUGCUGGCCCCCACGCCCUCUGAGGCCCCCUCGUCCGCCCUCUCCUCCGGCCCCCCCAGCAGAGAGGCAGUACAGCAGUGGCAGCCAGGAACUGCUUCCACACUGCCACAGCGCGAGCCGGGCGACCUGGCCCAGGCCGCUAAACUCAGCAGCUCGCAGGAAUCGCUGCUGGACUCCAGAGGACACCUGAAACAAAGCAACAACCCCUACGCAAAGUCCUACACACUGGUAUAACACAGGACUAAAGCUACGGACCACAUUGCUCUCUCACACGAACACACGCGCGGGGACCUGCUGAAAAAGACGAGCGCGCUUUUUCCGAUUCAGAGAUGAGUCCUGUACAUACAUUCUGAAUUACUAAAGAAGUGGAUAGUUUUCUUUGCAUCUGUCUAUCUUUCUUUCUUGCUCACUAUCUCUGAUGGUUUUAUUUUUGACACUUUCUUUCUUUCUUUCGCUCACCUUCCUCUCUUGCCCUCUCUUCUGACUUAGUUGGAUUUUUUAUGUAAGCAUUCCUUUAUUUUCAAUACCACCGUUAUGGAGAUUGCCAAAAUUAUUUAUUUAAAUUGACAGAGGAACUACUUUUGAAUUUAAAUCGAGGAUAAUUCUAUAGUCAUUAUUAUUAUUAUUAUUAUAUAAAAAUAGAGAAAAUGAUCAAAAAAUGGGUUUAAGGCGGCGGAUGAGGUCAGCUCUACAGGAGGAUGUCGCUUUCUUUAUCCAUGACUCUUUCUGUUUUGAUGAGGCGCAAUCGGCGAUUUCGUGGUUUCGUGGUUUUCGGCCUAUGUGAUGAUCGCCGAGGACAUGGAGAAAUAACAACGAGUCCGGCGGAGGAGACACGCGUCCGCCUUUUCAAGUCGUCUCAGAAUGUUGUGCUUUCUAAGGACUGCAUGGGCACCUGAAAAUAGAAUAUCGAUUUCAAGAGAUAUCUGUCACACUAAAGGAUUAUAUGAUGCUAUAAUAUAUAUUAUGACACUACACGUUAUAAUAUGUAUUAUGACACAUUAUAUAUAUGAUAUAUAUAUAUAUAUAUAUAUAUAUAUAUAAAGAGAUCACUUUUAUUUGUGGAUAAUACAGGGAAAAAAAGAUUUGGUAAAUAAAGUCCUUAGUCAUGUUUGCACACAUCUGGUUUGAUUAGAAAAUCGAAACUGUUGGGUUCUCUUGUCUUUUUUCCACUUUUAUGACUUCGUAACGCUAGAGGUUUCAUGGGCUGCAGAGCAUUUCCAACACAAGGAGAAAAUAGUGGCAGAACCGUUCACUCCAUACAGCUCCUGAAGUAACGAAUGGUACCCGGUUCGUCUGUUUGUAGAUGGCCUGGUUUGUGUAAGACACGUGGCAAAGAGAAGAUAUUUUAAUUGAGCAAUAUGACACUGGAUUUACUAAUAAUUUCGUAAUUCUUGGACAUCUUGAAGUACUAACAGAUAUGAAUGUAUUCAGUAAUGCAUAAUGAAAAAUAAAACCCAAGAUGAUUGACAAUAAAGAGACAAACUAAUGAUGGAGUCUCUAAACUAUAAUUGAAAGACAUGUCUUAACUGUGAAAGAAUCGUGGGUUUGCAUUUAUUGCGCACAGUCAGAUACGCUACAAAGGUUUCAAACUCAACAAGAAAAAUAUUUUUAUGUCCUCUGUUGUCCAGUUUUCCUAUUCAAAUGCCAGGUUAGGAGCGUUCCUACACACAAUAAUCUCACCCUCCUUACUGUAAUGAGAAAUAAAACAAUCUUAAUAUUA